AUGCACGAUCUUAGACUCAAGGUUCUCCGCGAGAGCGGCAAGACUGUCUCCAAAAAAGCGCGAUCGCGCCCCGAAUCUGCCAGGGCGUCCAUGAGAAAUUCUCCCAACAUCUCUCCCUCCCACUCACAAAUCAACUCUCCCGCGCACUCACGCGCCGGCAGCCGCUAUGCCUCCGAGGACGAAGCGAGCGACGACGAGUACGACGACAACAUGACCAUGAGCACACUGUCCAACGGAACCGACUCCGGCGACGAGGGUAUUGGCGGCCCAUCUGACGCCUCAUGGGCGACCCUUCUGCAAGAUCGCAUCGUCGAGUUGCAAGAUCGUAAGCGAACAAAUACCAAGGGUCGCGAGACCACUCUCAUGUCAUACCUUCACCUCGUCAAGCACCACUACGGCGGACGCCAAAUCAGCGGCUCAAUAAACGAGAUCGUUUCGGCUCUCAUGAAGAAUAUCAGGUCCGGAGGCAGCACCGUGGAGCGCAUCUACUCUCUGAAGUCACUUCAGGCAACGCUGUUGACGUCACCCUCAGAAGUGCUGUUUGACGACAUUUACCCACAACUGGAGAAGACAUGCGAAGACGAUGAAGACAGCGAUGUCAAGGCGGCCGCGAUCUGGGCUAUGGCUAUCGCAACGCUUUACGCCGGCGGAAGCGAAGAGGCCGCGAGCGAGUUCCUCGAGUACAUUGUCACCAUCGUAGAGAGCGAUGGCGAAUCCAUCAGUGCGGCCGACAGCGGCGAAGUGGUUACCGCGGCGUUGGAAUCCUGGGUCUUCGUCGCCAGCCAAAUCGACGACAUCACCGAGAACGUAUACACAGCCAUCGACGCCUUUGUGGAACAACUCGACAGCACAGACGUCGACGUACAAACAAGCGCCGGUUUCAACAUCGCCUUUAUUUUCGAGGCCGCACGGGACCUGGAAGAGGAGACGGGCGAGCCAAUGAACCUACAGUACGAUCCUAAGCGAUUGAUUAGCCGCAUGCGCGAAGCAUCAAAGCCCUCAGUGAAGCAGACCUCCCGCAAGGACAGACGUCACCUGCGCAAACAGUUCGCCAGCAUUGUUACUUCACUAGAGCACGGCAAGGGCCCCGGAUUCUCGACCGCCGGUCGCCCCUCAUUCAACCCGCACACCGGAGGCACGAGGGCAGAGCCUGGCCGCAGAAAUGACGACGACGAUGACAUGAGCGGUUUCGGGUAUCGCGAGAAGUUGCGCCUGGGCUCUACGGUUGUGCUGAUCGACUCAUGGUCCCUCAUGGCGAGAGUGGAAGCGGCGCGCGUCGUCCUCGGUGGUGGAUUGCCAACUCACUUCAACGAGAACCCAACGGUGGCGGAGCUUCUCGGUGGCGCCGAGAAGGAGGAAACGGCUCAGACUUAUUCGCUGCAUCCCCGAGACGCCAAGAAGAUGAGAAGAUAG